UUUGUAGAUGGAGCAAUGUUCUCCUUUUCUGGGAUAGUAACAGCUCAGGCUAAAGGUUAAUCAGAUAAUAGUUAUGGCUAACCUGCCAACUGUGCUUGGAAAGGAGAAGAAAGAAAAAGUGAACUGAGAGCUACACAGCUUUCUGUCGAAUAAUUUCCUGGGUGUAAAAAUAAGGCUGAGUCCAUGACUGAUCCUGUGGACUACUGGCAGAGUGAAGCUACACCCUCUUCAUUAAUGCGGUAGCAACUUGGUGGCUGAGUGUUUACCUGAAUUAACUGAUUUACCAGCUGGUUGAGAGGGUGAUUUAAGUAAAGUGUCCAGUCUGCCUGAAGAUGAUGCAGCCUACUGAGAUGGAAAGGAGCGGCGGAGGUUCCAGAGCAGAAGAAAGGACGUCUGUUGUGAUUCCACAUAACAGUGUCAGUGUCCAUGGGAUCUCUUACACAGUCAGAGAACGUGUUGGACUUUGGUGGGAUAUCCCAUCAUAUCAUAAAAAAUACACACGGCAGAUCCUCAAAGAUGUCUCAUUUCACAUAGAGAGUGGCCAGAUCAUGGCAAUUUUGGGAAAUUCUGGCUCUGGAAAAACAACUCUGCUGGAUGCAAUAUCAGGAAGACUGAGACAAAAAGGAAAUUUCUUUGGUGAAGUGUACAUGAAUGGGCAAGAGCUGAAGAAAGAACAAUUUCAGGACUGCUUCUCAUAUGUUCAACAGAAUGAUACUUUGUUAGGUUAUCUCACCAUACAAGAAUCUUUGACUUACACGGCUUUACUCGCACUUCAGAAGCACUCCAACGACUUCAUUAAAAGGAAGGUAGAUGCUGUUAUGGCUGAGCUGAGCCUCAGCCAUGUUGCUACUAAUGUCAUUGGAAGCCGUAUUUUUAGGGGAAUUUCUGGUGGUGAGAGGCGUCGCGUUUCAAUUGCAGCCCAGCUAUUACAAGAUCCUAAGGUCAUGUUACUCGAUGAACCAACUACGGGACUGGACUGCAUGACUGCAAAUCAGAUUGUCUUGUUGCUUUCGGAACUUGCACGCAAAGACAGAAUUGUGAUUAUUACAAUUCAUCAACCACGGUCAGAACUUUUCAGGUUAUUUGACAAAAUCGCCAUCAUGAGUUUUGGAGAAUUGGUUUUCUGUGGGGACCCUCCAGAAAUGAUCACAUUUUUUAGUGAUUGCAACUACGCCUGCCCUGAACAAUCAAAUCCUUUUGACUUUUAUGUGGAUCUGACAUCUGUGGACACUCAAAGCAAAGAACGUGAACUGGAAACCUACAGAAGAGUUCACAUAAUUACAUCUGCCUAUAAAAAUUCAGAGAUCUUUCGCAAGACUUUGGAGGUCAUUGAAAGAACAAAACGCAUGAAAGACCUGCCAGCAAUACCAUUCAAAAGCAAAGACUCACCCAGUGCAGUCUCCAAACUAUGGAUUCUCUUACAGAGGACAACAAGAAACUUCUCUAGAGAUAAGACUGGCAUCAUCAUGCGUCUUUCUCAGAAUCUGUUGUUUGGCCUGUUUUUAGCAAUUUUCCUUCUCAGACUGAAGAAUGAUCUUCUACAAGGAGCACUGCAAGAUCGCGUGGGGCUCAUUUACCAGUGUGUGAGUGCUCCACCUUACACAGGAAUGCUCAAUGCUGUUGCCCUGUUUCCUCCAUUACGUGCUGUCAGUGACCAUGAAAGCAAAGAUGGCUUAUAUCAGAAGUGGCAAAUAUUGUUAGCAUACAUAUUACAUUUCCUUCCCUUCAGUAUCAUCAGUGUGGCGAUUUUCAGCACCUUUAUAUACUGGACUGUAGGAAUGAACCCUGAUGUUUCCAGAUUUGGAUGUUUCUUUGCUGUUGUGUUAGUGCCUCAUAUAAUUGGCGAGCUACUAACACUUGUUUUGCUUGGUGUGGUUCAAAACCCAAAUGUAGUCAACAGUGGAGUGAUGCUACUUAACGUAGCAGGAGUGCUAGUUGGAAGUGGGCUUGUAAGGCGCACAGAAGACAUGCCUACACCUUUUAAAGUUCUAAGUUACCUUACAUUCCAAAAAUACAGCAGUGAGGUUCUUGCAGUCAAUGAAUUUUAUGGAUUAAACUUCACAUGUGGUGGCCCCAAUGUUUCUCCUGGAGUUGGUGCAUCAUGUGUUUUCCCUCAGGGCAUUCAAUUCAUUGAGACAACCUUUCCUGAUGCAAUGUCCAGGUUCACAACAGACUUCUUAAUGCUAUAUGCUUUCCUACCCGCACUUGUCAUUCUAGCAAUUGUGAGUUUUAAAAUAAGAGAUAUAAUUAUUGUCAGGCAAUAAAAAUGUUAGGAAUUCUAAACUGGCUGUACAGUACUAUAUACCAAACCUUGCAGUAUUUGAGAACAUUAUUUGGGCAAAGUAGUAUCCAUCAUUUUGUUGUCUUUCUAAAUUAUAGUAAGUGAGGAGUGAAUUACAUUCACACUAUUCAUAUCUUUUUCCUUUCAGUUAACAGUUUUUACUCAUGUUGGAAACAACAUGUUAAAUACUAUGAACAAAACAGUAAACACUUAAAACUAAAAAUUUUAUAUUAUUUUUUUAAUUCACAAAAAUGUUUUAACAUAUUUGUAAGUGCACUUAAUAAAGAGGUGCAGACACGGGAACAAAUGGAAUUUGCUUUGUUAGGGAUUAUUCUUGCAAGCUUGAUGACCAAAGGGCACAGCAAUAUUUCCUCUAACAGCUGCACCUCACCUUCCCCCCCCCCCAAUAAAUAAUGUUAAAAUAUCAAAGCA